AACAUAUUUCAAUUCGGUUUACCAACAGUACAAAUAUGGACCAUAAAUUGGAUCUCAGCGCUCUAAACAUCGAUGAUAUUGUGGAGGAGUACAAAAUUCUGUUCGAUCGUCAUGAGCAGCUAAAGCUAAAAACCGAGGAUGAUGCUCAAAAAAUUCAUCAGCUAAAACGCUCCCUAGACACGGCGCUUGCAGCGGAGGCGUAUCUGACCCAUGAGCUGGAACAGGUCAGUGCGCAGUCACAGAAUGCAACUUCUGCCGAAUCUCCGCGUGCCAAGCAGAAGAUCGAUGAUAUGCAACGCAAGUACAACGAUCUGCAAAAGGAGCACGAGACCCUGCAGCUGGACUAUGACGCGAAGGUGGAGGAGACGGUGGCGCUGAGAGGCAAGCUGGAGGCCGCCGAGCGUGACAUGGCAGCUAAUGCUGCCCUUAAGGUCAAUCAUGUGUUGGACAAUGCGACACGACUGCAUGUCCUGGAGGAGGAAAACGCGGAGCUAAUGCAAAAACUGGAAAAGUUCCAGGAGGCGACUGUUCAGCACACGCUUGCCGUGGCCGAAAAGGAGAGGACCAUUGAGAUUCUGCGGGAUCAGGCGAGCUGCUUGGAGGAGAAUUUGGCCUGCAAACGAAACGAGCUGGAGGAGAAGCUGCAAAUGCUAGAAAGCGCGCAGGAACAACUGAUCGAGGCGAAUGCCAAAAUAGCCAUGUUGAGCACGGCACCCGAGGAAAGUGCUCGCAAAGGGAACUCGCUGUUUGCUGAGGUUGACGAUCAGCGUCAAGUGAUGAAGCAGAUGCUGGCUGACCAGAAGAAGAGUUAUCUGCAAAUGAAGAAAGUCUUCAACGAGAGCCAAUACGAGAUUCAUCGUCUCAAGCGUGAAAACAUUGCCAUGCAUACGGAAUUGCAGGCAUGCAGCACCAUCUUCUGCAGCGCUGACAGGACUCUACAGAACAAGCUGCGCGAACGAAUUCGCCAUUUGCUAAGCGAAAACGACAUGCUCGAACGCAAAUUAAACGUCACACAGGAGCGUCUGCGGGAGUUGGCCAACGAGAAAUCCGUCAUCUGGCUGGAUUCCAUGCUAGAUUUCUGCAAGCGUGAAACGGAUGAGCUGAAAACCCAAUUGCGCAGCACACGCAUACAGAACGCCGGCCUGGAGGAGGAAGUUCGCAAAACACAGCAGAACAUGGUGCGUUGGCGUUUUGAAUCAUUGAGAUCGCGCUGCGUGGUUAUCGACCGCGAGAAUCUCUUGACGGAGCACAAGAUCAGCUUUAAACCUAUGCAGGCCAUGGAAUUUAAUAUUAAGGAAGCUGAACUGGAAACAGCAUUGCCGCGUAUAAUGAACGCAGACAGCGCCAAGAACGAAGCUCUGCCAGGUGAAUCUACAAUGAACAGUCCAGCUACAAAUGCUCCGAAUGUCAUAGCCGAGCCACAGAAAUCUCCAGAGGCGGCAAAGCCCAACAAAAAGGGUACACCCGUGAAAGUUAGGCAGGCGCCAGAGCUGUGUGCCUUGCCCGCGAAACACACGCCUUGCAAAACAGAGCCUGCACAAAUUUCAGAGGUCAUCAAAGAUUUGGACACACCCCAAGCAAAAGGAGAUGAGAGUGGUACUCCUAUAUGCAGCCUUAUAAGAGUCAAGGACGAAAAGGAACUACAAUCAAUGCCACACCAACAAACUGUAUCCAAAACAGAGGCCAUCCCUGAUGGCAUUAAAGAAGAAAUUGUUUCAGAGCCAGAUGUCAGCAGUAUAAUGGCUGCGAAGCCCAAUCGCAAGGGCACACCCAUCAAGUUAUCAGAUUUCAAAGCCUCGAUUGAAGAUAGCACGGACUCAGAUGCAAGCUCGCCAACACCGCCGAAGCCUCAACGCAAGGGAACCCCCGUAAAGGCCAAGAAAGACAAAAAUACAGAUGAUAUAGAACCUGCUAAGCCACAACGCAAGGGCACUCCAGUAAAGGCGCUCUUUUCUGCAUCAUCGAAUUCAAAUGUGCGCUCCAUUCUGCAAAGUAAGCAGCGGGACUUGUUUGACGAGGAGCCGAAGAAAAAUGUGAAAUUCAGCAACAAGGAGCCUACCGUUCAUAAUAUAAGUCCGAUCGUACCCUUGCCAGAUAAGGAAGUAACCGAACUCAGCAAGGAGAACCAAAAACCAAUCGCAAUGAAACCAAAAUCAAAGGGCAUCAUCAGACACAUUGUGGUGGGAGCUAGAAAACCCAACCCUGGUUCCUUAAAAUAAGUGCAAAACAAUGUUAAAAUCGAUUAUAAAAGUGUUAGUAUAAGCAUGAAACUUCUUAAUAAUGUUUACUCUAUAUCACGAAAAAUGCUUUAAUACUCAGAGAAUCCACACAAAUCGCACUUCUCUUUUAUUUAAAAUGAAUAA